AUGGGCAAAAUCUCUUCAGUAAUAUCAGGUUCUCCGUACAAUGGAGGCAACAUUUAUUCCCAGCAACGUAGAUCAUCCAUUGGAGCAUACGAUGCUAGAGAAAAUACUAGAAGAGUUUCUACUGAGAAACUAGAUUCUGCAAACAAUAGUCAAGAAUCAAUUCCCCAUUAUCUCAGAGCAUCCACGGGUUCUUGCCAUGAUUUCUGUAAAUAUGGCAGGAAACAUGCAUUUGAAGCGAAGGAAAGGCAUAAUAUAGCGAAGAGGACAACAAAACCUCCCCCCAAUGAGCAAAUUUCAGUAGAGAAAACUAUUCCAGGGGAACAAAAGAAGAAAAUAGUUGUUAAUCACAAGGCUUCAUCAGGUACCAAAUCCCAUUUACCAGAGCACAAGUCUUCUCCAGUUGCCAAAUCCUUUACAUCAAAGCCUAUGACAUCCUUGGAUACCCAAAUAUACUCCCCAUGGCAAAAGGCUUCACCAGGUAAUAUAACCCAUAUGCAAAGGCACAAGCUGUCAUCUUCCAAGAAAACGCCCUCGCCAUAUCCCCCGGAAAUUAUCAAGAGGGAAACUGUGUUGCUCUCUAAAAAAGUUGAAGUCCCAUCGAAACAAGGUUCCUCAAUUGAUAAUAAGGAACCAGAGAGUGAGAAGAAGAUAGAGAACGUGCCCAACAAGCAUUCUCCAUCUGUAACGGUUAGACUCUCAUCUUCCCCUAACACCUCAGAUGGUAUUCAUGGAAUACAAAGAAGAAACAAUGAUGUUAAAACUGGCGGAAAGAUGUCCCAAGUCCCAUCGAAACAAGGUUCCUCAAUUGAUAAUAAGGAACCAGUGAGUGAGAAGAAGAUAGAGAACGUGCCCAACAAGCAUUCUCCAUCUGUAACGGUGAGACUAUCAUCUUCCCCUAACACCUCAGAUGAUGGUAUUCAUGGAAUACAAAGAAGAAACAAUGAUGUUAAAACUGGUGGAAAGAUGUUGGCAUCCAAAGCAUCUGUAAAGAAAGCUUUGACUCCUCUGCAUGCUUCUGUGUCCCCCACUCUCUCCCUCCGUGGAACAAUGCCCUUGAGAACAAGAAAAACCAUAAUAAGCUUAAAAGUGGCGUCUCCUUUGAAGGAUCGAAAUAGAAUACACAAGCCUGAGACUAAAAGAUCAACUGAUGAGAAGAUUCCCCAGAAAACCUUGCAUGUUAUCAGGACAGAUGGCCAUGUCGUUCAAUCACAUCCAUCUCCGUCAGCACUUGCGUAUUUGUCACUUGCAAACUCACCGUCGUUGUUGUGUCAUGAAGAGGUAGGAGAGACUGAAUACGAUGAAAGUGAAGUAGAUGAAAUAAUCUCUGACAGAAAUGACACUGCAGAAGCUGGCAAAGUGAAAUUGGUAAAGGAGAAACACAUUAAGGUUCUGAGGAAGAAUAGUGCAGUUGGUUCUGAAGAUAAAGACUGUACUCCUAUGAAGUUAAAGUUUAUGAGGGGGAAGAUAGUGGACCUUAAAUCUGAUAAUUACAAUCCUAGGAGACUCAGAUUUAGGAGAGGAAGAGUCUUGGCAGGAGACCAAGACGGCAAGGGUGAUUUGAGAAGGAAAACUUUUAAAAAUGGCAUGGUCAAUGACAAAAACGACGCAGAUCCUUCUUCUGAGAAAGUUGUUUUAAAGCAUCAAGAUGCGCAGGGGAAGAAAGAUGCACAAGGUUUGUUUAAUAAUGUCAUUGAAGAAACAGCAAGUAAGCUUGUUGAAAGCAGGAAAAGUAAGGUUAAAGCCUUAGUGGGUGCAUUUGAAACUGUGAUCUCUCUCCAAUAG